AUGGCGGCGGGUGUGGGCGGGCCGGUGUGGGCGGGGAAGGCAGUGGGUGUCUUACCGUUAUCCGACGUAGCGUCAGGUGAAGCGGCCGUAGAUACAAACGCCGAGGCUCCGGCAGCAUCGUUAGGAAACAUCGUUGUUAGCAUCAACGGUGUGGACAUCAACGGUGUGGACAUCAACAGUGUGGACAUCAACGGUGUGGACAUCAACGGUGUGGACAUCAACGGUGUGGACAUCAACGGUGUGGACAUCAACGAUGUGAACAUCAACGGUGUGGACAUCAACGGUGUGGACAUCAACGGUGUGGACAUCAACAGUGUGGACAUCAACAGUGUGGACAUCAACGGUGUGGACAUCAACAGUGUGGACAUCAACAGUGUGGACAUCAACGGUGUGGACAUCAACAGUGUGGACAUCAACGGUGUGGACAUCAACAGUGUGGACAUCAACAGUGUGGACAUCAACGGUGUGGACAUCAACAGUGUGGACAUCAACGGUGUGGACAUCAACAGUGUGGACAUCAACGUGUGGAACAUCAACGGUGUGGACAUCAACAGUGUGGACAUCAACAGUGUGGACAUCAACAGUGUGGACAUCAACGGUGUGGACAUCAACAGUGUGGACAUCAACAGUGUGAACAUCAACGGUGUGGACAUGAACGGUGUGAACAUUAACGGUGUGGACAUCAACGGUGUGAACAUCAACGGUGUGGACAUGAACGGUGUGAGCAUCAACGGUCGCAUGUUAUCUCGUCGUUUUAGUAUUGCGUUUGUGUUCCUCGGGAGUGUAACUACGGCAAUCUGGAUCCUUCUCAAUUUCAGCAGAUAUGCUAAUGCAACGCUGCUUUUGCUUUUUGAUGUCCUGCCUUAA